AUGAAGAGCAACAGAAACUGCAUCAUCGACGGAUCGGUUGGCCCGAUAUGCGAACUGGAAAGAGUCCAGGGAAGGGGGAAUAAUGUGUUUGAUAUGUUGCAGGACUAUCCGUUCAAAGCACUUCAUGACGAUAGGAGUCAGUGCGACUGGACGAUAGUCAUGGGGUUGAUUUCUUUGGAAUUGAUUGUGGACACUCACGCGUCGUGUGUUUCAGACGGUGUGGUGACGUACGAGCAGCUGAAGCUCAUGAUGUCCACUGGAAGCGUCCAGCUCGUCGAUGUCCGCGAGCCGCAUGAGCUGGAAGCAGGUUUCAUUCCAGGAGCAACCAAUAUUCCUUUGGGAGAGGUGGAGCAGGCCCUCAGACUGAGCCCAGAUCAGUUUAGAGAGCUCUACGGCGUCACAAAGCCUCACAAAGAAGACUCAGACUUUGUGCUGUACUGUGUGAGAGGGAUACGCAGCCUCACUGCGCUGGAGACCGCAAGAGCUCUGGGAUACACAAGGGCCCGUCAUUACGCCGGAGGAUUCAGCGAGUGGCUUCAGCGGGAAGAUCUGUGAACAGAAAGAGUCGAGCAUGAAACUUGACAACAGAGGAAUUAAGCUUAUUUCAGCUCCGUCAAGGACCUACAAGACUAUGAUUAUGAGUAUACGGCACUUGACUGUUAAAAUUACAGCACAGACCAAAACUGUAUUCAUCAAAUCUAACAGAUGUGUUUAUAUAUUUCACAAGGACUCAAUAAAUAUUAGAUUGUUUAUGAUAGACUUUGUUUGUUUUAAUGCCAUAUGAUUGUGUCACCAUAAAUGGAUCCAGCGACA